AUGUCAUCGGCCAGCUGGGAAGAUCUUGCCGCUGAUAAAAGGGCACGUCUAGAGAAGUCCAUCCCAGACGAAUGGAAAAUCAAGGCAGUCCCAACAGAAGGCUCUGUUAUUGAUCUGCCUGAGAAGUCUGGGGUUCUGUCACCUUCUGAAAUAAAGAUUACAAACUCGUCUGCGACAGAACUUGUCGCUCAACUGGCCAAUGGCACGUUGAAGUCCGUGGACGUGACACUGGCAUUCUGUAAAAGAGCUGCACUGGCUCAUCAACUUGUUAAAUGCGCACAUGACUUCUUCCCAGAGUUAGCGUUAGCCCAGGCCAAGGAGCUUGAUACGUAUUUCGAGACGCACAAAAAACCCGUGGGACCAUUGCAUGGGUUACCGAUCUCUUUGAAAGAUCAAUUACGAGUCAAGGGAACUGAAACAUGCAUGGCCUAUAUCUCGUGGCUGGGUAAGCGUGACACCAGCGAUUCGAUAUUGACCGCCCUCUUGAGAAAGGCGGGCGCAGUAUUCCUCGUCAAGACGAGUGUACCGCAAACGUUAAUGGUAUGCGAGACCGUCAAUAAUAUUAUCGGUCGGACGUCAAACCCAAGAAAUCUCAGCCUCUCUUGUGGCGGUAGCUCGGGAGGCGAAGGUGCUAUGAUUGCUAUGCGUGGAGGUGCCAUCGGUAUAGGAACUGAUAUCGGUGGAUCUAUUCGUGUCCCGGCUGCAUUUAAUUCUUUAUACGGGAUCCGUCCAAGCCACGGUCGUCUCCCUUACGGUGGUAUGACGAACAGCAUGGAAGGACAAGAAACGAUACACAGCGUCGUUGGACCAAUUGCGCAUUCUGCUCAAGAUGUUAAACUUUUCCUUCAAUCUGUCCUCAUGGAGGAACCUUGGAAGUAUGAUUCGAAAGUCAUACCGCUUCCUUGGAGGGAGGCCGAGGAAAACGCCGCGCAAGCAAAAAUUGCUGAGAAGGGUUUAAAUCUCGCUUUUUAUGAUUUCGAUGGCGUUGUACGUCCACACCCUCCGAUUACUCGUGGUGUUGAAAUUGUCCGCUCUACGCUUGAGAAAAACGGACAUACUGUGGCACCCUGGACGCCCUACAAACAUGCAUUUGCCGUUGACCUAGCCAACAAAAUUUACGCUGCAGAUGGAAGCACGGACGUAUACAAACACAUCAACGCCUCAGGAGAACCCGCUAUUCCGAACAUCAAGGACCUCAUGAAUCCCAACCUACCCAAAGCAGAUUUGAACGAGGCAUGGGACGCGCAGCUACAGAAGUGGAACUAUCAGUGCGAAUACCUUGACAAGUGGCGCGAAUGGGAGGAACGGACGGGCAAGGAGCUUGACGCUAUUAUCGCCCCGGUGGCGGCGACAGCUGCAGUCCGUCACAACCAAUUCCGGUACUAUGGGUAUGCUACUGUUUUUAACGUGCUGGAUUACACCAGCGUUGCUAUUCCAGUCACCUAUGCAGAUAAGGCGGUGGAUCGCAAAUUGACGGAUUAUCAGCCGAUUAGUGAUAUGGAUAAGGCGGUUUAUGCAGAGUACGAUCCCGAGGUUUAUCACGGCGCACCCGUUGCCGUGCAGAUUAUCGGCAGACGUCUUAGUGAGGAACGGACCCUAGCUAUUGCGGAGUAUAUUGGGAAGUUGCUGGGUCACUAG